CAAUUUUCGGAUUGCUUCGCGGAUUUCGAUACAUUUCUGGGUCUGUUUCUCAAUUUGCUUAUUUCAGAGCUGAGCGAGGUGUUCGUCAAUGGCGUCCAUUUUCCCGCCGACGUUCCCGUCGCCGCGUACGAUUCCGAAACCCCUGAAGUUUAAAUUUGUGCAUUCGAGAUUCAUCUCCUCCAAGUUCAAGCGAAGAUUGCAAUCGGGAGUUUCUCUGUCUAGGGUUCCUGAUUCCGCUUUCUGCUGCCAUUGCAACCAAAGGGCAAGCGGCGGCGGUGAUAGCUCCAAUUCAGGUGCCGAGGAGGUGUGGCGGUGGGGCUUCGGUGUUCAGGAGACUUUUAGGAAUGCAAUUAAACGUUUUGAUGACUACUUGAGUUCGUUAAGGGAUCAGAGGACUGGUGGAACUCUGGUUAUGGCGGAGAAGUGGGAAGAUGAAGAGGAUGGGGGAGAAGAGUGGGAUUGGGAGAGGUGGAUGAAUCAUUUCCUCGAGGUUGAUGAGCAGGAGCGCGUUGUAUCGAUUUUGAAGUCUCAGUUAGCUAAUGCGAUUGAAAGAGAGGAUUAUGAAGAGGCUGCUAGGAUAAAGGUGGCAAUUGCAGCUGCUGCUAGGAGCGACACUGUUGGCAGGGUGAUGUCACAUCUAAAGAAAUCUGUGGAGGAAGAGCGAUAUGGAGAUGCAGCUCUUAUACGUGAUCACGCAGGGGCUGGUUUGGUUGGAUGGUGGGCUGGAACUUCAGAAGAUGCCAAUGAUCCUUAUGGUCGCAUUAUUCAUAUAAGCGCUGAGCAUGGAAGAUACAUUGCUAGAAGUUACAGUCCUAGGCAGUUGGCAACAGCUUCGAUCGGUGCUCCCGUGUUUGAGGUAUACCUAAGAGACAAUAAAGCAGGUGAUUAUAAGCAGCAGGCCGUUUACUUAAAGCGCAAAGGAGCUCCGGAAGAUGUUUAUGUUCCAUCCUUCAAGUCAUCAGGAGAUUCCAGAAGCCUGGAUGCAAGAGAUAACAAAGGCAAGCUAUAUGAAAGAAGUUCUGAAGAUAAAGAGGAUGGUGAAGAUAGGGAUGACGAUAUUGGUUUUGAUAAUAUUCUGCAAAACAUGAUUCCUGGUGUGAAAGUCAAAGUUAUGAAAUUAGCAUCACCAGAGAAGGUGGACAGGGAUAUUAUAUCUAUGGUGAUUGAAAAAAUAAUAGAUGAAGAGGUGGAAGAAAAGGACUAUGACAUAGAAAGUGUAGAUGCUGACGUUGACAUUAAAAGUGAAAACGAGGACGAGCACAGUGACACUGAUCUGGAUUCUGGUAGUGAAAUGGCUGAGGAAGAUGAGCAAAAUCAAAUUGCACUUCAACUCGUUGUUGGUGAUGGUUUCCUCCAUAAAUUGUCUCAUGGUGCCCAUGCUAGAGACUUGCUUCGUGUUCCAGCGAGGCUAGAGAAAAAGGGUCGGAUGACAUUUACAUUUACAGUUGAGGAAGAUUCCAAUGAGCUCCAACCUGGCGAGGAUGGACAGUCUGCCGAAAACAAAAAUUCGAAGCGUCCAAGCCAACGUAGCGUAGACAAUCUUAUGCAUGAUUUUGUUGAAUCUAUUGGCAAAGGGAAGAUUCCUAUGAAGGUUCUUCAAAAUGUAGGUGAGCUAAUAAAUCUAACACUCAAUCAAGCUCGAAACAGUCAACCACUCUCUGGAUCCACCACGUUUAGACGCAUUGAGGUUUCUUCAUCUUCAGAUCCACUAAAUGGUUUAUACCUUGGUGCACAUGGGCUGUACACUUCAGAAGUUAUUCAUAUGAGGCGGAGAUUUGGCCAGUGGAAUGAGGAUGGGAGCACGAAGAAACCUUCGAAAAUUGAAUUUUAUGAGUAUGUCGAAGCUGUUAAAUUAACCGGAGAUGCUUAUAUUCCAGCUGGCCAGGUUGCAUUUCGUGCAAAAGUAGGAAAAAAGUAUCAACUUCCUCUUAAAGGGAUUAUCCCUGAAGAAUUUGGGGUGAUUGCUCGAUAUAGAGGUCAAGGAAAAUUGGCCGAGCCUGGAGUUCAGAUUCCUCGAUGGGUUGAUGGUGAACUUGUUAUAUUGGAUGGAAAGCAUAUCAAAGGAGGCCCUGUUGUUGGUUUUGUUUACUGGGCUCCUGAAUCUCACUUGGUAUUCUUCAAUCGACUCAGGCUGCUGGAUUGAGUACUUGUCCCACCAAAACUUAGAUGUCAUUGUUUUUAUUUUGUUCGUGGUUGAGCUGGUAUUUAUCGCCCGAGUCCUCUCUCAUCAUACUUGUGGGGAAAUCGGAGACUUUGAGUAACCGGGCCAAAUCCUUGCAUCUGACCCCUUCCCAGUUAGCUGCGUGAACCAUCACAGUCGCCGUGACAUUAACCGUUAAAUUUUGAGGUGUAACAUUUACUUGAUAACAGGCUCAUUUAACUAAUGCAUUAUCCUGCUGCUGUCUUUCUCCCCGGGAUGUAUAUAUCACUUGGCUCCAUUUUGUAUAUAUAUAAAUUUAUAUAUC